GGUACUUCAUACAUAUAAGCAAGUUCAAAUCAGUGUUCCCCUCCUUCCCAUUUUUGUCUGUACUGCUGUAAACAGAAGGGUAAACAGUUGAGGCAUGGAUAGCACACCCUAGCAAGACAGUGUCCACUUUAAAGCUUCUGUCUGUUUCAUAGCUUAAUAAAUACAAAACACUUAAACAUCAGUGGGAUGUUUUUUAAGCAAAGCUUCUAAGUAAUAGCUGCAAAAUUGCCAAAAUAUUUUCCUAUACAACCUUCAGGUAGGUUUUGCUUCAUCCACCUUUUGAUUCGCGAGCAUCUCUAAAGGAGUGCAGAGGUUUUCCGAAGUUUGUCCAUGGCUCAUGCCACUGGACUGGGGAGUGGCACCACUUUCUCGGGGAUUUUGGUACAGCGGACAGGGCUGCAGAGCCGGGCAAUUAAUCACUUUUGGGUUGCCCUGCGUUUGCAGAGCAGUUUACUGAACACAUGCAAUACAAGCAAGCUUGGACGUCAUCUCCUUUAUACGAAGUAGAUCAACUGUAAGGGGCUUUUCUGAACCAGCGUGAUCUUUCAGCUGCUUUCCAAAUAACAGCAGCAUACCACACAUCAGAAGUUUUUCCAUUCGUUUUUCUUCCAGUCCGGAGGCUGAUCUUAUUCCUGUUGACGGUGAUACUGAAAAUGACUUGGAAGUUGGAUCAGGAGCCACCAAUCAGACUGCAUCAUUCCUACCCGAACGACGAAUGAUGUCAGUUCAAACAGCAAGAUACCUCACUAGUCCGUGGCUGACUCGUUUUGUUCCUUCAGUUUACACCCUAGUGCUUGUGCUGAGCCUCCCUCUGAACAUUACAGCCAUACUCGUGUUUCUGAAAAAGAUGAAAAUCGAAAAGCCAGCUGUAAUAUACAUGCUGAAUUUGGCCCUUGCAGAUAUUCUCUUUGUAAGUGUGCUUCCCUUUAAGAUUGUUUACCACUUUUCUGGAAAUGACUGGGUUUUUGGGCCUCAGAUGUGCCGUUUCAUCACUGCUGCCUUCUUCUGCAACAUGUACUGCUCAAUAAUGCUUAUGACGAGCAUAAGCGUCGAUCGCUUCCUAGCAGUGGUGUACCCCAUGCAGUCCCUGGGGUGGCGUACACUAACUCGUGCCUCACUGGUUUGUUUCAUCAUAUGGCUUGUAGCAAUAACCGGGGUUAUACCUUUUCUCCUACGAGAGCAAACAAUGGAAAUACCCAGGUUAAAUAUAACUACGUGCCACGAUGUGCUGAGAGAAUCCGAACUUCACGGCUAUUACCUCCACUUCUUCUCUGUCUUCUCUUCUGUGUUUUUCAUAGUGCCAUUUAUAAUUUCUACUGUCUGUUAUGUGUGUAUCAUUCGCUGUCUCAGUUCUUCCACCAUUGUUGCAAAGCAAAAUAAGAAGACACGUGCCUUGCUCUUGUGUGUGGCUGUUUUUUUUGUUUUUGUUAUUUGCUUUGGACCAACAAAUGUUCUCCUCUUAAUUCAUUAUAUCCAUUUUUCAUAUGACAACAGCUUAGAGUAUCUCUACUUUGCCUAUCUACUCUGUGUUUCUAUCAGCAGCAUUAGCUGCUGCAUUGACCCCUUUAUUUAUUACUAUGCUUCUUCUCAGUAUCAGAAACAAUUUUUCAGUCUCUUCAAUUGUAAAAAGACUUUUGAUUCUAACAUUAGUAACAGCAGUGGCCAGUUGAUGUCUACCACUAGUACUAGAAGGGCUACGUUGACUACUAAUAUGAAUAACAGUGUCUACAGGAAACUACUAGCAAUGCAUUGAGAUAACCUGUCUUCAAAUAGUUUAAUUUUUACACAGUUACAGACAAAAAAAGGACUGUUAUAUCCAAGAAAUGCAAAGCCUUAAACAAGUUAUUGUAUGAUACAUAGUUUUAUGGAUCCAAUAUAGUAAUACAGAACUCAAAUUAAAACUCUGUAUGUGUGUGUGCAUAUAUAUAUAUAUAUAUAUAUAUAUAUAUAUAUAUAUAUAUAUAUAUAAAGAUGUA